GUAGAGGCGAAACCGUAACCCUCGGCGUUUCGCGUCGCCGUGCCGUUCUGUUCUGCAAGCAAAGAUCCUCUUUGAAGAAAAACCUAACCCUAAUUUUUUCUCUCUCCUUCCUUCGAGUUCUGCUGUCGCUUGAAAUUCUGAAUUGCCUUUUGCGUUAUUCUGACGGGAAAUUAAAUUCUUUGCAUGAUAUAAUUCGAUAUUUUGGAUCUCUACGGUGCAAUCUUGCUUGGUUGGAUUUGUUUCGGAGUCCUGCGAUCAUCGAAUCAAAUCGUGGUUGGUGUUGCGUUCUUUGGAUCUGCUUUCGCUGCUGAAUCCGUUAGUUGAGAUUGGUUCGUGAAGAUUGCGGCCUUGGCGAUCGUUUGGAUCUCCAGAUUGUGAAUGCUCGAUUACUGCUGCAUCUGGCUUUACUUUAUCUGGAACGAGGACUUGGAUUGUUUCGUCUAGAUCUGCUCGAAAGCAUCGAAUUCGCGACGAACUGGGGGUUUAGGUGCGGCGAGGCUACGAACUUUUCUUGGAGGCGUCGUCUGGUCUCCAAAAUUCGAAGAAUUCUCUUAGUAUAUUGGCUCCAGAGGUGUUCAGAUCAAAAUCUUCUUAGUUUUGAAGCAUUGAAGGGGGGAAAUCUUCUACUUUUCAGAGAUCUUGCGUGUUCGUGUGGUCGUUGUUUGAACAACAGAGGACAACCGGAAAAGAAAGGAGAUAAUUGCUUGUACUCAGUAUCUAUUUUUGUUUUAGAGUUUGAUAUCAGGCCUUUUUUAUUUUACGGCCUCUGAAUUUCAUCUAUUCCUCUUUGGGCAAUUUGUUUUUCUUGAUUUCUCUUACGUUUAUAGCUGAGAGAAAAAAAAAGAAAGGAAUAUGGCUGUGUAUUAUAAGUUUAAAAGUGCAAAAGAUUACGACUCUAUUCCUAUCGACGGUCAUUUCAUAUCAGUUGCGAAUUUGAAAGAAAAAAUAUUUGAAUCCAAGCAUUUGGGCAGGGGAACCGAUUUUGACCUCAUGGUCGCCAAUGCUCAAACAAAUGAAGAGUACCAUGAUGAAGCCAUGUUGAUACCCAAAAAUACCUCUGUUUUAGUUCGUCGGAUUCCUGGACGGCCUCGCAUGCCCAUUGUUCCUGAACAGGACGAGCCAAAAGUAGUAGAGAAUAAAGUAGAGGAUGCUCCACCUGCAAAGAGUAGCUUCCCUUUGGCAGAUUCAUCUGCUGCAAGAUUUCCCGAGGAAUCGGAAUGGGAUGAAUUUGGUAAUGAUUUGUAUGCCAUUCCAGAAGUGCAACCAGUUCAGUCAAGCAAUCUAGUACAGGAUGCUCCUGCUCCCAAUAAAGUUGAUGAGGAUAGCAAGAUUAAGGCUUUAAUUGAUACACCAGCCUUGGACUGGCAGCGACAAAGUCAGGAGGGUUUUGGCUCUGGUAGAGGCUUUGGAAGGGGUAUGGGUGGAAGAAUGAUGGGUGGCCGGGGUUUUGGUCGUGGUGGGUUGGAGAGGAAGACACCUCCUGUAGGUUACAUCUGUCACAGAUGCAAGGUCCCUGGUCAUUUUAUUCAGCAUUGCCCUACAAAUGGUGAUCCUAACUAUGACAUUAAAAGGGUAAAGCCUCCAACUGGUAUUCCAAAGUCAAUGUUAAUUGCCACUCCAGAGGGUUCUUAUGCAUUACCAAGUGGUGCAGUUGCUGUUUUGAGGCCAAAUGAGGCUGCAUUUGAGAAGGAAAUUGAAGGGUUACCUACCACUCGAUCAGUCAGUGAUCUUCCUCCAGAGCUUCACUGCCCAUUGUGCAAGGAAGUAAUGAAAGAUGCUGUACUAACAAGCAAGUGCUGUUUCAAGAGUUUCUGUGAUAAAUGCAUCCGGGACCACAUUAUUUCAAAGUCCGUGUGUGUUUGUGGGGCCACAAGUAUACUUGCAGAUGAUCUUUUACCUAAUAAGACACUUAGGGACACCAUUAACCGCAUUUUGGAGUCAAAUAACAGCAGUGCAGAAAAUGCAGGAAGCAUGUUGCAAAUUCAAGAUAUGGAGUCUGCUCGUUGUGCACAACCCAAAAUCCCAUCACCUACACAUUCUGCCACUUCCAAGGGAGACCACAUGCCUCCACCACAAAAAGACAACACUCCAUGUACCAAGGAGACAGCAGAUGAAGGAAAGGCAGUUACAACUAUUCCACAACAGUCAUUGGAGAAGGGGAGAGUUGCACAAACUGUGGAUGUUUCUGAAGCCACACAUGAGUCAAUGAGCAUGAAGGGUCCAACAUCACAGGGGAGUGCUCCACUGGCUGAGGAUGUACAGCAGAAGAUGCCUGCUGGUGAGCCAGGAAAGAGAAAGAAGAAGAAAGUUCGAUUGGCUGUAAAUGCUGUAGACAUGCAAUGGAAAGCCUCUCAGGAUCUUGCGGCUGAAAACUAUAUGAUGCCACUUGGACCGUCAACCUACAACCCAUAUUGGUCUGGUUUGCCACUUGGGAUGGAUGGAUAUGUUGCCCCUUAUGCUGGUACUAUGCCAUAUAUGGGAUAUGUCCCUGGUCCUUUUGAUGUUCCCUUUGGAGGUAUCCUACCACAAGAUCCUUUUGUUGGACAGGGAUACAUGUUGCCUGUGGUACCACCUCAGAGGGACCUUGCAGAGUUUGCUAUGGGUUCAACUCCAGCCCCUCCAGUCAUGAGCAGAGAGGAGUUUGAGGCCCGGAAAGCUGAUCUAAGGAGAAAACGUGAAAGUGAACGACGCGGUGAAAGUAGGGAAUGUUCCAAGGAACGACAAGGUGUUAAAGAAAUGAGCAGCAGCGGUGAUGUUCCUUCAAUGAAGUCCAAACCUAAGUUACCGUCUCAUGCGGCAGCGUCGGACUAUCAACACCACCGCCGAUCGGACAAGGCGCCUAGUCCGGAACGGCCCUCACGCGAGGUUGAGUCAUCCCGUCUUGGGAAGAGGAAAAGUGACGAUCAGUAUCACCGCCAUUACCAUCAUCAAGACGAAGAUGAUUCAACGGCGGUCGAAGCCGACCCCGGCAAGGCAGCCGCGGCGGACCGCAAACAGAAAGGGAGCGUCUUCUCUCGCAUCAGCUUCCCUGAGGGGGAGAGUAAGAAGAGGAAGUUGUCUUCUUCUACGGACAAACCCGGAAAUCCCGUCAACGGAUACAAGGACUAUGAUAGGCCGUCGUCUAAUGGUUACCGUGACGACUGGAAGCCACCACAGCCGACCAAAGGGCCAUCUAUGUCGAGUUUGGGAGGGGCACGUGGGAGCAGCAGCAUCGUCGAUCAAGACUCGAGCGACGAAGACCGGCACUUCAAGAGGAAGCCAUCGCGUUACGAGCCACCACCGCCACCACUUUCAGAUGAGGAAGCCCGGCCCUCGAGGAGCUCAAGGGAGCGAGAUCGCGGGAGAGACCAUGAUCGGGAGUACGAACGAGAACGCGGGUACAAGCACAGCAGGUAGACAUCUGGCAAGGAAUGAAAUGGCCAAGCUACCUUCGUUGCCCACCGCUGCGUGGUCUCUCUCUCUCUCUCUCUCUCUCUCCAAGGUCGACAGUCGAAAAUUGUUAUGCACGAUGCCUAAACGGGCGAAGCGCCCGAAAUCGUGGGAGAAGACCGACUGAAAUGCAGACUCGAGGAGUUCUCUUUAUGUAAAUAAUUUGUAUUUUUUUGGUCUCAAGAGUAAGGCGAACGCUUUCUUUUUGUUAGUUUAACAUCAUUUUUGUUAUCAAAUAAAAUAUCUUUCUUUGUUCCC